UACGUGUUGUUGGCAGCUGGCGUUUCCAAGACGCUGUUGCGCAACUGACGUUUCGUACAUGUAACAUUUUCAGGAGUUUAAAAACCGUGUAAUGUGUAAACUGAAAUAAUCCAAGUUGAUAAGUGAUUAAAUCAUCUCCUGUUGAAGAAGUGAAACGAGACAAAAGUGCCAACCAUGAAAAUCUCCGCAUACGCGACCUGAAAUCAGCUGGAUGCCAUCUUGUUUGUAAAGUGGAACAUAAACAUGGAAAUAGAUUUUUUUAGCAACGAUUAAUGUGAAAAAAUGGCAGGAAAUGAAGCAACCAGCCAAACAGAAUUAUGGUCUUCGGUGGUCCACCAACCAUGCGAGGAGCCCGAGGAGUCAGAAUUGCCCAGUACGGUGGACAUGGCCGCUUUCAGUACCGGACUAACCGUAGAACCCGCCAACACAUCGCAAAAUAAUGAGAAUUCCGACAGUGACAGCGACUCAGAACCCGAAUCUAGUAAUUCAAGUGAAGCUUGCCAAUCUUCCAGCCAGAGCGACUCUUCUGAUUCUGACAGUUCCUCGUCCAGUGUUGAAUCAUCGUCAAGGAGCCCCUCGCCGGAAUUUUCAGUCACCACUUCCCAAACCAACAGUUUAAGGCUCACAAUUGCCACUGUAAGGAAGUCAUCAGGAAGUCCACCGGUUGAUAAAAUGACCAAACCGGCUGACUCUAAACCGGCGAAAAGUGGUGACUGCAGCUCCUCGUCAGACUCAGUGUGUUCUUCUGAUUCCGAAAGCGAUUCGGAAGCUUCCGGUGCUAAAAGUUCAGUUAAGACGAGUGUGAAAAGUGCCAAGGAUAAUAAUGUUAGGAGAAGUGCCGCGAGACUGCGAACUAGAGUGCCUGAUAAGAAAGACGAAAAGAAGGCCAAGAAGGAGGCGGCGCCCGCCAAGGGCCCCGUCACCAGGCCUAGGACCAGGCAAAGGAAGACCAAAAAGAUGGCGGCAUCGUUGCCUCUAUCCCGUGGCUCGACCUAUUCCAGCUCGGACUCGGAGGAUUCGGACGCCGAUAGGGCCAUUCUAGCCUCCUGCAGUUUGCAGGAAAUACGCCAGGAGGAUCUAGCAGCGAUUUUACCCGACCAGCAGGAAUGCGACGCCUUCGGCGACUUUGAAUGUAACAGGGUUGAUAAAAAUUCACCACAAACCGGUGACAUGUCCAGCUCUGACAUGGAGCUGCCACAGCAAGCGGUCAAUGCCCUCAUACAGAGAACUACAGAAAGUUCCAGCGAAUCCGAAUCGCAUGCACCCCCUAAUCCCUCAACUCUUUAUGCCAACAGUUUGCUACAACAAUUCGUCGCUCAAACCCAAAUGCUAAAUGCACCGUGUCCUGUAAUACCGACAGGGACCGAUGGCAUUAAAACCCUACCCCUUAACACUUGCGAAAAUCAAAGUAAUAACAAUAAUACCACGAAUAAUAAUAAUAACAACACAGGAGGUGAUACGGUUAAAAGGAAAAGAGGACGGCCGAGAAAAAAUCACAAGACACAAAAUGAUAACAAAACUCAAAAUAAAACAAUUGAGUAUUGUGGUGAUCCUAACGUUUCACCCGAUUCCGGGAUUCAGAAUAGUCCCGACCACGUCUCAAGUCCCGAACCAACCCUAACUUUAAAAAACAAAGAAGAGAAUAAAAAAGACAACAAAACAAAAACUGUCAAUAAAUCGAAAGAAAUAAACAAAUUAUCAGUGACUUCGAAUCGGUUCGAUCGCUUGUUGUAUGCUAACACCGACCGGGUUCUCUACCCGCCCCGAAGGAAAGUAGGCCGGCCUCCGUUAACAAAAAAAGGCCCAGGUAGGCCCCCCAAAUACAAACCACCAGCCAACACAAACCAAGAAACAAAACCGCCCGAUAAAAUUAAACCAAAAACCGAACCACGGCCCGUACUUGUAACCAAAAACAAAAUCGACAAUACCAAAGUGAAAUUCACAACAUUGAAAAAUCUCAAAGUGAUGCACAGCAAACACAAACACAAGAAACACAAAAAAUACAAAAUCAAAAUCCUCAAACCAUUGACCGGAACCAACGACAAAGUCGUGAUCGAAAUCGAUAAACUAGUGUCAGACUUUACGAAAUUUUGCGUGAUUGGAAGUACGAAACCGCCGAAAGAGAACGUACCCGAAGUGAAACCGGCGAAGAAAGUGUCGAAAAAGCGCAAAACCACGGAACAGAAGAAGAAGAAGAUUAGUGUGAAUGCCACCGUUAAUAAAGUGGCGAAUUUAAACGAGCAGAGAUUGCCGUUAAAAAAGCGACAUUACUUGUAUUCCGAUGGCAAGAAAAGCGAGGAGAUUCUCCCGAAAGAGGAGAAAGUCAGUGCGAAUAAUAAUUCCAUAACGGCGACCACGCCGAAGAAGCGACACCGACUGGAGGUGAUCAACAAGGAGAAGGAAAAUGCGGCCGUUCCGGCGGUCGAGCCUAAAGUCAAGCCCAAACUGUCUCUAGAAUCCCUCAUUUCCGAAUUGAAGAUGAAGAGAGGGUUGUCAGGUCAGGAGGACAGUUUGGACGCGGUCAAAGUCGACUCGGUUGUCAGUCCGGACGCUAAAACUAAAACCACCGUUGAGAAUAAUUUGAAGAAGAAGCCGCGGAAGCGGCGCGCCAUCAACCGGACCGGGUUCCCCACUGUCAAGAAGAAGAAGAAGAAGGUGGUUUCGGUGGAAGAUUCGGUCGAUACCGAGGAAGAUAAGCCUUUGAUUAGCUGUGAUCGCGUCCCGAAAGACGGCGAAGAGUACAAUAAAUUCAUUCAAAGGACGGAAAAUGCCGACGCGUCCAAAACCGACGAUUCCCUAUCGAAGUGGGAAGUGAUGAGCGAGUGUGAUAGUCUCCCGCAGGAUGAACGCAUCGAGGAUAAGGGGGACAGUGGCGGGGACAUGGACGAGGUCUCACUUGAGGCGAGCAUUGAACGGUUGAGGUCACGACUUGAUAAAAAGAAGCGGAAACGUGCGGAAAAAAUCGUCGAUUUGAACGGUUAUCCCAAAAGGCGGCUUAGGGACAUAUCCCCAGCUAGUAGUAUUGAUGUUAUCAUCGAGCGCCGCUUACGCGAGGAACGAGCUUCCGCCUCCGGCGACGAAAUGAAGAAGAACAAGAAGGCGCCAAGGUGGCGCAAGCGCUACCUGGUUGCUGGUCUUUUCUCCGAUUAUUUCAAAGAGGACGACGAGACUUGUAGGAUUAAAAGGAGCGAAAACGCGGCGAAGUCCCGCCUGGUGUACAACCCGGCCGAGCAUCCGUACGGUCUUUUACCGCCGCCCUAUCACUGCGGUAAAUAUUUACGGUGUCGGAAGCUUCCCUUCCAGUUACCGUACGACUUGUGGUGGCAACAUACGCAUUCGCAGUUGCCAGGCAGGGAUGUUGUACCGUCUUGGAAUUAUCGGAAAAUACGGACGAAUGUUUAUAAUGUUAAGACGACGACGGGAGCGUGCGAACCACAAACUUGCAAUUGUACGCCGUUGGCUAAUUGUGGUGACGAUUGUAUUAAUCGACUUGUGUUGGCCGAAUGUCCCGCCAGCCACAAGUGCCAAAACCAGAAGAUUCAGAGGCAUGAGUGGGCGCCGGGGCUUGAGAAAUUCAUGACCGAAAAUAAGGGUUGGGGCGUGCGCACGAAACUCCCCAUCAAGUCCGGGGAAUUCAUCCUGGAGUACGUGGGCGAGGUGGUGUCCGACCAGGAAUUCAAAGAACGCAUGGCUACCAUUUACGUCAACGACACCCACCACUACUGCUUGCACCUAGACGGUGGUUUGGUCAUCGACGGCCACCGAAUGGGCGGUGACGGCCGUUUCGUCAAUCAUUCCUGUCAACCAAACUGCGAGAUGCAGAAAUGGUCAGUCAACGGCCAGUUCCGAAUGGCUUUAUUCGCCUUGCGCGACAUUGAAAGUUCCGAAGAACUAACAUACGACUACAACUUCUCACUUUUCAAUCCGGCCGAAGGCCAGGAAUGCAAAUGCGGCAGCGAAAUGUGCCGUGGCGUCAUCGGAGGCAAGUCGCAAAGAGUGCGCCAACUGCCGGAAGUCAAAGACGGGAAAAAUCCAGGACGUGUGGGACGACCGCGAAAAAAUCAAGCCAAGCGGACUACAAGUGUUAAAGAUCUGCCAUUGGCGCAGCCAAGCGUGCCGAUAGUGGCGCCCCCGCAAGUCAAGCCGAUGAGUCACCAACAGAAAUGUUUCAUUCUGGAGCACCACUGUUUCCUCUUACGGAACCUAACGAAGGUGAAACGGGUGCGGGAUAGGUCGAGCAGUUCGCUCAUUUCGCGCCAACAAGCCAUGACGCCGACCAAUCAAGGCGCUGCGUUUAUCAAUCAUUUGAACGCGUUGGGAAAACCGCGGAAUAUUCGGACCAGGCGAUUGGCCCAAGCCGAGGACAAUCCCGAGUUGAGUAAAACAGUGAAACUUGCCGCCGUGUUACGGGAGAUUUGGAACACAGUGACGAAGGCCAAAGACGAGAAUAACGAAUCGUUGAGUACGCAUUUUAUGACAAUGCCAUCGAAACGCAAAGUACCUGAGUUCUAUCAACGCAUUACUAAUCCGAUUGAUCUCGCCACCAUCGAGCAAAACAUCGCCACUGGCUAUUACCUGGCGCCUGAAAGCUUCAAUUCGGAUAUGAAUCGAAUGUUUGCCAAUUAUUUGCAGUUUUACGGGCGGACGAAGGAAAUCGGCGUUGCUGCGAUUAAAUUGAAGAAAGUCUACGUCGAUGCCAAACAACAAAGUUUGCCCAAAUUCGAAAACGUGUUAGGAAAAAAACCACCGAAUUUCGUCUCAAAUCGCAACAAGUGUAAGGACGAGGAGGAGGAUAUUAUCCGGUGUAUUUGUGGGAUGCCACGCGAUGAAGGCUUGAUGAUACAGUGUGAGAGGUGCAUGGUGUGGCAGCAUAGCGAGUGUGUGAAAGCGGACGUUUCGGCCGAAAGUUAUCACUGUGAGCAGUGUGUGCCCAGGGAGGUUGACUACGAGAUACCUCUGGAUGAAUUCACAGAACAUGGGCAUAGAUAUUACAUGACGCUGUUGCGAGGCGAAUUGCAGCUAAGACAAGGAGACACGGUCUAUGUUUUACGUGAUAUUCCAAUUCCUGGGACGGAUCGGAAACACACUUAUGACACUAUUGGGAAAAUUGAAUAUUCCGAAUUGGAUAUAUUUAGGAUUGAACGCUUGUGGAAAGAUUCCAAGACUGGGCAACGCUUUGCUUAUGGUCACCAUUAUUUACGACCACAUGAGACCUACCAUGAACCGACCAGAAAGUUUUUCCCCAACGAAGUGAUGCGGGUGCCGCUGUACGAGGCCGUGCCCGUCGAGCUGAUAAUCUCGCAUUGUUGGGUGAUGGACGUGAACACGUUUUGCAAGGGGCGGCCCAUUGGCGCCCCCGAAGAGCACAUCUACAUCUGCGAAUAUCGCGUUGAUAAAUCGGCGCGUUUGUUUAGCAAAGUCUCAAAAUCAAAAUUCCCGAUUUGUACCAAAAGUUUCGCUUUCGAACGUUUUGAAACCCGACUUAAAGUCUCCCGGACGUACACUCCGCACGAUUUGGACCCGGCGUUAGUGAAACCGCGAGGUCGCAAACCUCAAGAAACCGAAGAUAGAGGAGAAACUGUCAUUCCACCACCUCUGCCAGUGCCCGUGCCUGUCAUAAGAACUCCUGUGGAGCAAAAAGCUCGUUUGAAUAAAAUUCUGUUGAAUCUCUUGAGCAAAAUGCCAACGAAGCAAGCGUUGGACGUGUCGUAUCUUCUCGAAGGAGGGAGGAGAAGGAAGAAGCCAGUUGAGAAUGGUAAAAAUUAAUGAAAUGGGUGAUAUUAAGAAGUAACUCUUAUUUUUUAUGCGACGCUAUUGAAUGUUAUUUAUCUUUAUUGCUAGGGCUAAUGGUAGGUUUGUUUGUAAAUGUUUCUCAUAGGUCUUAACGACUAGUCAUAGUUCUGUUGUUAAUUUUGUCUUUUUCAUUAUUUAUUUGUACAUAAUGAAAUUGUUGCCUCUAAGUAUGUUGCAAGUUGGAGAGAGAUUAACGAAUUGGAAAUUUAAGGUACUAUUAAUUUUUUGUCUCAAUCCCAGUGUACAAAUUUAAUUUUUCAGUCAUUUGGUUAGAAACGUAGGUUUUCAGCGCUGUUGCUUAUUCCACGUCGGACUUAAUUUAUUUUAUUUUCUUUUACUUAUAGAAUUCUUGCCUGAUUAGAUCAUAAGGUUUAACAUUAAUACAUGUUUUUGAACAUUUAUAUCUCACAUUAGAUAUAAUUUUUCAUAAUAAAUUGUUAUAUUUUCCAUUA